AUGCCAAAAGACAAGAUCCACAUCAACAUCGUGGUCAUCGGCCAUGUCGACUCCGGCAAGUCCACCACCACCGGACACCUGAUCUACAAGUGCGGAGGCAUCGACAAGAGAACCAUCGAGAAGUUUGAGAAGGAGGCCGCCGAGAUGGGAAAGGGGUCCUUCAAGUACGCCUGGGUGCUGGACAAACUGAAGGCCGAGCGUGAGCGUGGUAUCACCAUCGAUAUCGCUCUGUGGAAGUUCGAGACCGGCAAGUACUACGUGACCAUCAUUGAUGCCCCCGGACACAGGGACUUCAUCAAGAACAUGAUCACUGGAACCUCUCAGGCUGACUGCGCUGUGCUGAUUGUCGCUGCUGGUGUUGGUGAGUUCGAGGCUGGUAUCUCCAAGAACGGUCAGACCCGUGAGCACGCCCUGCUGGCCUUCACCCUCGGUGUGAAGCAGCUCAUUGUUGGAGUCAACAAGAUGGACAACACUGAGCCCCCUUACUGCCAGGACCGUUUUGAGGAGAUUAAAAAGGAAGUGAGCGCCUACAUCAAGAAGAUCGGCUACAACCCCGCCUCCGUUGCCUUCGUCCCCAUCUCUGGAUGGCAUGGAGACAACAUGCUGGAGGCCAGUGACAAGAUGAGCUGGUUCAAGGGCUGGAAGAUUGAGCGCAAGGAGGGCAAUGCCAGUGGCACCACACUGCUGGAGGCUCUGGAUGCCAUCAUGCCCCCAUCCCGCCCCACCGACAAGCCCCUGCGUCUGCCCCUGCAGGACGUCUACAAAAUCGCCGGUAUUGGAACUGUCCCCGUCGGUCGUGUUGAGACCGGUGUUCUGAAGCCCGGUAUGGUCGUCACCUUCGCUCCCCCCAACCUGACCACUGAGGUCAAGUCUGUGGAGAUGCACCACGAGUCUCUGCCCGAGGCCGUCCCCGGUGACAACGUUGGCUUCAACGUCAAGAACGUGUCCAUCAAGGAAAUCCGUCGUGGAAACGUGGCUGGCGACAGCAAGAACGACCCACCCAAGGCUGCUGCAGAUUUCAACGCCCAGGUCAUCGUCCUGAACCACCCUGGCCAGAUCAACGAGGGUUACGCCCCCGUUCUGGACUGCCACACCGCUCACAUUGCCUGCAAGUUCAAGGAGCUGAUCGAGAAGGUCGACCGUCGUUCUGGCAAGAAGGUUGAGGACAGCCCCAAGUUUGUCAAGUCUGGAGAUGCCGCCAUUGUCAAACUCAUCCCACAGAAGCCCAUGGUUGUGGAGCCCUUCUCCAACUACGCUCCCCUUGGUCGUUUUGCUGUGCGUGACAUGAGGCAGACGGUGGCUGUCGGUGUCAUCAAGGCUGUCGAUACCAAGGAAAUUUCUGGAAAGACAACCAAGGCUGCAGAGAAGGCCCAGAAGAAGAAAUGAAUGGACGUGCAGGACAUCCAGCAACAAGAUGUGUCCCGGCAGCAGCGGGCCACCCCUUCCUCUCUAUCUUCCUCCCACCCUGGAUCAUCUUCUCUGAGGCACAGC